AUGCAACUUUACUUCCGUCGGAUUGGUUUGCUGAAACUAAUGAUUGGGGAGGAGCCUAGACCGAGUGACCCCGCGCUGCAGGAAGAUUGGGACGAGCGCGCCUCAGCUGGCUACUACUUGAUGUCGCAGAGUUUGGAGCUGAACCAGCGUCACCACGUCAUGCACCUGCUGCGGGAGGUUGAAUGCGGUCCGAAGGCGUGGACCGUGUUGAAGGAGCUGCACGCCCCGACCUCCGUUGUCGCAACGUUGAUGCUGGAGAGGGAGCUGUCCGUGUUGCAUUUGAGCAAGGGAGAGCCGGUGCAACCUGUUUUGGACAGAAUGCGCGACCUCUACGCGAAGUUGGCGACCGCGGGAAUCACCUACCCGGAGCAGACCAAGUGCUUGAAGAUGCUCUCGCUGCAGCCGGAAUCAUGGCUUCAAUUCACGAGCGGAUUGAGCCUGCCGCAGAACCAGAGCUUGUGGACGCUCGAGUGGAAUCGUCACCAGGAUGGCGGCGUGCGGAGGAACCAGAAAAACGGCGCGAACAUGGUUGCCGAUUCGUCCGACAACAACCUGAAGAGCAACGGCGUUGCAAAGAAGAAGAAGGAGCGCACCGCGGGCCAGUUCUUCCAUAUUGGAGAGCAGGGGGAGCAAGGAGACGCCUCUGCAAAGGUUGGAGCAGAGCUGCAUCCCCUGGACUAUUGGGUGUUGGACACGGGCGGUGCUUGGACGAUGACGCCGCACAAGGAGCUGCUUGAUGACGAACGAGCUGCACCGAUCAACGAGGUGUGCUCCGCCUCUGGACACGCGCUGAAGGUGGGUGGUGUGGGACGAGCUGCAUUCAAGGGAGCGGAUGGCAAGCCGGUGGUGCUGCAUGACGUUCUCCUCGUUCCUGAUCUCAAGGCCAACCUCAUCUCCCUCCGUAAGCUUGCCAAGGCUGGGGUGAGCACUAGCACGGAUGGGGCACGCACGUACAAGGGGCAGCUGGGAAAUCGGGUGCUUUGGGAUCUGCACGAGAGCAAGGAUGUGUACAGAUCCAAAUGGCAGCUGCCGGCAUUGGCGUGGCACGGUGGGGGGCAGGCUGGAGAGGGGUCUGCAUCCCAGGGGGAGUGCAACGCGGUUGGAGGGGUUGGUGUGAAAGUGUUGGCCAGAUCUGGGGAGACGGAUUAG